AAAAGCAGCCGCAAAACGCAAGGAGCAGCAAGCAAGACAGUGAGACCACAGCACACACGCAGUCACCGCAGCGGGAUAUAUAUAAAGAUAAAAGAGGUGUGUGGAGCGGGAGAAGGCCGGACUGAAGGAGGAAGACGAGCAGGGAGAGGGAGGUAGGGCAAAAGGAAGAGAAUCCGAGAAUAAAUUCAGAGAGGGAGGGAGGGAGGGCCAUGAUGAUGGCAGGCGUGGCGUCGUAGGUGGUUAAAGCGAAGGGCGCCCCUCGUCGUCCGGUAAAAGCUCUCGAAAGAAGCUGCCCCCCGCCCCCCCUUUUGCGCCCUUUUUCUUUCUUUCCGUUGCCCUUUUCCCGUUCCCUGCCCCUUCUUCUCCGUCUUUCUCCGGUCGGCUUUGGAGAAAGAGGUGAUGUGAGGUUCCCAUCACUCACGCCUGGCUGGGUACCUAGAUGCUCCCGGGCCGUCUUUAUUACGGCUGUCGCCGGGCUGGGCUGCGGUCGGCGGCGGAAGGGAGUCUUCUGGCGGAGAUAUGAGAGGAUUGUUUUAGUGAGGUCUAUGAGCUGGUACCAGAACUGCUCAUAAUAUUCAGGGGAAAAAAAAGGCAACAUGGCGGAAUCGAAGGUCGCAAGUCUGGAUGCCCGAACGACGAAGAUCAGAAACGUCCCCAUCGCAGUGACCCCAGAAGGGUUCUGGUGCUGCCCGUCGCAAGCCGUGCUCCAGAAGACGGCGAAGAGCCAAAACCCGCAGGCGAAGACGAAGCCCAAAGGGGGUGCCUCGCCUCUCGCACCAAAGGCGGCACCACCAAUCCAGAGGGCACCCACAAUCUCGUCCGAGAGAAGGACGCACUCGACUCCGACCAGGGCUAAGACCAACUCAGAGGAGCAGAGGUGCUUGCCGCCGGCAGAGGACGCUGCGGCUAAUAAUAAUGCCACUAAUCCGCCGAAGGCGGUGAACGAGAGGCCACAGAAGCAGCACAAGGUAUCUGUGGGGUUCGGCCAGCUCGAGACGAGUGACUUGAAGGUGGUGCUGUAUGGCAAGGACGGCGUUGCGGUGAAGAUGAGCGUCCACAAGAACACCCUAGCUGGAAACAGUACCUUCUUUGCUGACAAGCUCUCCGGGCAGUCUCCGGCGUCGAGUAUAGAAGUGACUGACUGUGAGGAUGUGGAGAUUUAUGUCGAGACAGUUGGGUUGAUGUACUGCAGUGAUGUCAAGCAGAGGCUUAUCAAGCAAACCGUUCCUCGUGUUCUUCGAGUCUUGAAGGUUGCAGAGCUGCUGGGUUUCCCAGCAUGUGUCAUGUCAUGCUUAGACUACUUGGAAGCGGUCCCUUGGGUCGGGGAAGAAGAGGAGAAUGUGGUCUCGUCUGUCCGGAACCUGCAGAGCGAGAGCUAUGGCGUCAGUCCUGUGCUGAAGAGGGUAGCACCAUCUGAUCGAACAACCCCACCAAACGAUACGUUUUCACAUAUCAUCGAACUGGUCUUGAGAAGCAGCGAGGACAGGGGGCGGCGCGAGAUGAAAUCUCUGGUGCAGAAGCUUCUGAAGGAGAGUAGCACUGGCUGCAUGAGUGGGUCUUCCGACCUGUGUUCUGCGGUCCUCUACAGAUCAUGCCGGAACUGCCUGGAUUCCUUACUAAUCCUGUUUCAGCAAGCAACCGACAGUGAUUUCGCUGAGCAGGCUCUUAAUACCAAAGAACCAGUUUUCCGACAAGUUGCUCUAGAAGCAGAUAACCUGCUCUGGUUAGCUGAGAUCUUGGCUGACAGGAAUGCCGCUGACGAGUUCGCGGUCAUAUGGGCUAGCCAACGUGAGCUGGCUGGGCUGCACUCUAGGUUGCCAGUCAAGUCGCGCCACCUUGUCAGCUGUGUCACGGCGAGGCUGUUCGUGGGCAUCGGGAAAGGGGAGAUGCUUCCUUCGAAGGACACGAGGCGGCUUCUCUUGGACGUCUGGUUGCAGCCUCUCAUGGAUGACUACAACUGGUUGCAGCACGGCUGCAGGUCGUUCGACCGGAAAGUGGUGGAGGAAGGUGUUGGGCGGACCAUCCUGACGCUCCCUUUGGAGGAUCAGCAGACGAUCCUGCUCUCGUGGCUUGGGAGCUUCCUGAAGGUUGGGGACAGCUGCCCCAAUCUCCAGAAGGCCUUUGAGGUUUGGUGGAGGAGAACUUUCGUAAGGCCCUAUGCUGAGCAGCAAGGUAAUCGAUCGCAAUCAGGUCGGAGUUGAGAUGUCAAUUGGUUGCAGAAGAAGAUAGUCUUGUUUCCUAGUGUAGUAUAUUUGAUGAGAAGUUAGGGUGGCGGUUUCUUCUUGCGUGGUAGCCCGCGUGGGAGAUCCCCAGUAUGUGGAGGAAAUGCGGUUAGUACUCUUGACCUGCGUGAGGCUUGAGGAAGUUCGCGUUGUGCUUGUGAUGCUUCGUAUGUAUGUCAAGAUCUCUGAAUUCUGGGUGCAGAAUUUGUAUCGUCAGGCAUCUGUUUUGAUGCUCUGUUCUGCUUCUCACAACGUUGCACGAUGUUAAUUAAGGAUCUGUUAUGUAAAAGAACUCGACGCCUUCAAUGCAACUGUAAAGAUUUUGCAGAAUGUGUUCUUCUAAAGUGGAGACAUAUCGGUUUCUA